CCAAGAUGUCUAUGGAGGAGCAGGACUUUCCCGAGGCGGUGCUGGUUACCGAAGCUGGGCCGCAGUGGCUUCGGGCUGAGGUGGGGCGUCUGACCCGCGAGCUGCGAGAGACGACGCACGAAAAGAUCCAGGCGGCGGAGUACGGACUGGCCGUGCUGGAGGAGAAGCAGCAGCUCAAGCAGCGAUUCGACGAGCUUGAGAUGGAAUACGAGACGGUUCGACAGGAGCUGGACCAGCUGAAGGAGGCCUUUGGACAAGCUUAUUCUACCCACAGGAAGGUGGCAGCAGAUGGGGAGAGCAGGGAGGAGUCGCUGAUACUGGAGUCUGCCAGUAAAGAAGCUCUCUAUCAGCAAAAGGUCCUGGAGCUGCAGAAUGAACUCCGACAGGCCAAAGCGUCUCUCUCAAGUGCUCAAGCAGAAAACGAUCGCCUGUCGGCCCUUGCACUCGAUAUGAGAGAGAAUUCAGAGGUGGCAGAGCUGCAGCGGGCUCAGCUUCGAGAUGACAUCAGAGAGUAUAAAUUUCGGGAGGCUCGACUGCUCCAGGACUACUCUGAGCUGGAGGAGGAGAACAUCUCCCUGCAGAAACAAGUGUCUGUGCUGCGACAGAACCAGGUGGAAUUCGAAGGGCUUAAGCAUGAGAUCCGUCGCCUGGAGGAGGACUCGCAGUGUGUCCAAAGCCAGCUGGAGGAAACCAUGCGUCUGAGAGAAAUCGCUGAGCGACAGCUCACAGAAGCUUUAGAAACGAUCAAAACAGAACGUGAGCAGAAGGCCACGCUGCGUAAAGAGCUCUCCCACUAUAUGACCAUUGGGGGGUCUGUGUACAGCAGCUCUUUUAACAUCUCCAUCAAUAACCCAAAACUCCACGAGGAUCCCUCCACUAUCCAUGAACCCGACAACGAUGAUCUGAUCAGAGGCUUCGAAAACGGCCUGGUCAAGAUGGGUGACAGCGAUGAAGACAACAGAACAUUGGUCAACAAGCCAGCCCCUAGCUUGGUGGAUGAUCUGCUGAGUGAGCUAAACAUCUCUGAGAUACAGAAGCUAAAACAACAGCUUGCUCAGGUUGAGAGGGAGAAGGUGGCCCUGAUGAACUCUUUGCAGGAGAGCCAGAAGCAGCUGGAGCACGCCUACGGCACGGUGUCCGAGCAGAAGGAAACCGUCAACAGGCUGACUGAAAAUCUAAGCGCCAUGCGGAAACUCCAGGCCAGUAAGGAGCGGCAGUCGGCCCUCGACAGCGAGAAAGACAGGGACAGCCACGAUGACGGAGACUAUUAUGAGCUAGACAUCAACGGGCCUGAGAUUCUGCAGUGCAAGUACACUGUGGCUGUUUCUGAAGCCGGAGAACUGAGGCAGGAGCUGAAAACACUGAGGGCGCAGUACGAGGAGUGUCGGACCAAGUAUGAAGACGAUCAAGCACGGUUGGAGAGCGAUGUUCAAGAUUUCAGGUCAAAGUUGUUCUCUUUGGAGAAGAUUAGCGAAGCUGAUAAAGCGGAGGUGUCCCGUCUGGAGAAGGAGCUCCGCCUGGCCACGGAGGCUGCCGGAGAAUCCCUCGGAAGCCUUAAUGUUGCCCAGGAUGAGCUCAUAGCUUUCAGUGAAGAGUUGGCCAACCUCUACAACCAUGUUUGCAUGUGCAACAAUGAGACUCCCAACCGAGUCAUGCUUGACUACUACAAAGACGGCAAAGCCAUGCUGAGAAGGGGGCAGGAGGGAAAGGAGCAGCAGACUGUACUUCUCACCAGUGGGCUGAUCAGUGAGAGUGAAAAUGGAAAGUCAGAUUCCUGCAACACUGUGGUGACCGCGCCUGCAGCUCCAGAGCCACGCCCAGAACCCAUGAACAUCUAUAACCUGGUAGCCAUCAUCAGGGCUCAGAUCCGCCACCUGCAGCAGGCAGUGGACCGGACCACAGAGCUGUCCCGUCAGAGGCUCGACAACCUGGAGCUGAGCACCGUGGCAGACAAGGACAAAGAAGCUUGCAUGGACGAGAUUCUCAAGCUGAAGUCCCUUCUUAGCACCAAAAGGGAACAAAUUGCUACUCUCAGAGCUGUGCUCAAGGCCAACAAACAGACAGCAGAAGUUGCCCUGGCUAAUCUCAAGAGUAAAUAUGACAGUGAGAAGGCCAUGGUGACCGAGACGAUGAUGAAGCUCCGUAAUGAACUCAAGGCUCUAAAGGAGGACGCAGCUACUUUCUCCUCUCUUCGAGCCAUGUUUGCUACAAGAUGCGAUGAGUAUGUGACCCAGCUGGAUGACAUGCAGAGGCAGCUGGCUGCAGCCGAGGAUGAGAAGAAGACGCUGAACUCCCUGUUACGGAUGGCCAUCCAGCAGAAACUGGCUUUAACACAGCGCCUUGAGGAUUUGGAGUUCGACCAUGAGCAGGCACGCCGGAGCAGUGCCAAAGUGGCAGGAGGCAAGGGUAAAACAAAGGGCAAGGGAGCCUCUUCCAGCCACCAUUAAACCCGUCAAGCCAAGUGACCUUUAAAAGAAAGUCCAUCAGUGUGACUGUUAACUUUCACGUGUUCCUGGUUUCUUCUCUGUGAUCGAGCUCCAGGUUUUAUUCGUACAGAGACAAGAAAUCAACCCACAGUAUUUGCCAAGAACGUCGUAAAAAUGUGUGCCAUAACACUUGAUGUAGAAUUCUUCCAAAUUUUUAUCACAGUGCAAUGGAGGAAAAUUACUCAACGCAUCAGCUUCCCUUUGGAGGUCAGCAGUCUUCCAAGGAAAUGCACCACUGAUAACUGACCCAGAGGAAGGACUGGGAUUGAUGUCUUGCUGAUUACUUAUGUCUGUUACCAUGACUAAGCACUUUUUAUUACUUCUUUCUCCUUACGAAUUCCUCCCCUAAAUUAUGCUCGUAUUAUCCUGUAUUUUUGACUGAUAUGUAUUCCUUCCUGCCUGCUUCUUGAUCACAUUUUGAGCUCUCUGAAUAUAUCGUAACCUAAUUUAUUUUUAGCAGCAAAGUAGAAGAUUAUGUUAACUUUUAAAAACCAAACUAUUUGUCCUAUUAGGUAAAAUCCAAACUAGAGAGACAAAUGAGUUUCCCUGGGCGUGUUUUCUUUUGCCUUAGAUUCAGGUUGUUUAAAUGACAGUCAGUAACAAAGCAACCAAUCUGCUGACCACGUAUAUGUCUUUAGGAAAUAAUGUUACAUUUUCUUAUAACUCUAAUGUAGGGUGGUUGAGUUGAUAGUAGAUUUUGUUUUGUAAUCGACCUGGCAGAAUUGUUGAACAACUUCAGCUUUGGCCAAUUUUCUGCCACCUCAUGAGUAAGAUCGUCAUGACUGAGGAACAAUAUUUGAACGCACAUUUAUUUAAAGAUUUCUAAGUUAACAAAGCAUAUUAGUAUUCAUUCAGAUUUUAUUCAUGAAGAGGUUUUUUUUAAAUACUUUUUUAAUACAGCUUUUAUAUUUUGCAUUUAGGUCAGACAGGAACAAGUGCAGUGCCAUUGUGUGUUUGUACAAGUGCAAUUUGUAAUCCUGACAAAAAAAAAAAAAAGACGAACGUAAACAUUUGUACUUUGUGAAAGUAUUAAUUUUUACAUGUUUUUAUUAUGACUGCAAUUGUAUUUAUUUGUCUUUUCAGACAACAGGAUUCACCGUUCUAUUGGUAAAUGAGGGAGUUUAAACUUAGCUGCCUGGUUACAAAGUAAUGACGAAUGAGCUCUUGUUUAGAAAAAAAGUACUAGCAAAGUUUUUGUUAACUUCUGUUACUACCUCCAGAUAUGGCUGGUGAAGAAAUAAAUCUAACUUUCACAGCUCUGA